GAGGCAGCCACUUUCCCCUCACACUUUGGGCCAGCAACUUGGAGGAGAGAGGCGCGCCUUUGGAGCGCGCCAAGGCGGGCCUGGCUGUGCGCUUGGCUGCCUCCCUUCCCUCCUUCCCUCCCUUUUUGGGGGGCUUUUGGGGGAGCCAGGGCCCUUGGAAAGGCGUCAGGAGGAGGAGGAGGAGGAGGAAGGGGAGGACACAGCUUUGUGGGGAGGAAGAAGAAGAAGAAGAAGAGGAGGAGGAGGAAGAGGAGGAGGCGAGGCAGUCCUUCCCCGAGCGCCCAAGGCACCCCUGAGCUCUCCACUAGCCCCCCUCUUUCCAGCCAGGACCAGGGCAGGGACUCCAGGGGUUCUAGGGGUGCCUCUGGGGUUUCUUCUCCAGAAGGAGCCUUGCUGGUCUUUCUUGUGGUGCUUUUCUGGAGAAGCUAGAGGAAGGCGACCUGGAGGAAGAAGAGGAGGAGGAAGAGAGGAGGUCCCCUGUGAGCAAAGAAGAAGAACAAGAAGGAGAAAGGAAGAAAAAAAAAUGCAAAGAAUGUGCAAAUCCUAAGCGUGAAAUAGGGGGAUGACAACACCUGGAAUGUCAGAUAACCAAGAUGAAUAUAGUAGCCAUAAUUUCCAGCAGAAUCAGCUUUUAUGGAAGGUUUGACAAGUAGCAACCAAAGUCAGUUUUAACUGGUGGGAUGGUGAGAGAACACAGCUGCAAGAAAGAGGGAAUUAGUUGCUCUGGGCUGUAACUGUGUUGCAGAAGAAACAAUUUUCAAUUCCAGCAAUGGGAGGAAGCCCCCAGUGGAAAUCAGCCAUUCUGGGCAGACCACAGAAAGCCAUAACUGGGAUGACAGUGCAGCACUCAUGACAGCACAAAACAACAAUUUCUGGGUAGCUGAAGAAUAGCAGGAGAAUUAGAGGAAGACUUUAUUUUCUCUGUCCACCUGGGACAAAAGCCUUUCUCUGGCAAGCCCCUGAACACUCUCCUCUCUCUCCAUGGAUAAAGGACACACAUUACCUCAAGACUUCUGGGAAUUGCUACAUUGUCUGAGAAUGAGGAGCAAGUACGCCAUCCUCCUGGUGUUUGUGGUAGCACUUGUCAUAAUUGAAAAGGAGAACAACAUCAUAUCAAGGGUGUCAGACAAACUGAAGCAGUCUCCACUUUCCCUGAUGGAAGCCAAUAGUACAGACUCUGGCUUGGUGUUGUCAGAAAAUGGUUCCCUCCUAUCCCUCAGUGAGCUGGAUUUGGCUUUCUCCCAGCUCAAGAGCCGGCUUCAAAAUGUCACAUUGCAGCUUGGAGGGACUAGAGAAACUCCACCAGCAUCUGCUAAAGGGACAAGGAAGCAUGUUCUCCUGAUGGCUACCACCCGCACUGGUUCUUCCUUUGUAGGGGAAUUCUUCAACCAACAAGGCAACAUUUUCUACCUCUUUGAGCCUUUGUGGCACAUCGAAAGGACUGUUUCCUUUGAGACUGGCGGUGCUAAUGCUGUGGGGUCAGCUCUUGUCUACAGAGAUGUUUUGAAGCAGCUCUUCCUUUGUGAUCUCUACAUCUUGGAAAACUUCAUAAUCCCAUUCCCAGAGGACCAUCUGACGCAGUUUAUGUUUCGGCGUGGCUCAAGCCGCUCACUGUGUGAGGAGCCUGUCUGCACACCUUUUGUCAAGAAAGUCUUUGAAAAGUAUCACUGCAAGAACCGCCGCUGUGGCCCCCUAAAUGUAACUUUGGCUGCGGAGGCCUGCCUGCGUAAGGAACACAUGGCCCUCAAAGCAGUGCGGAUCCGGCAGCUUGAGUUCUUGCGGCCCUUGGUUGAAGACCCUCGUUUGGACAUGAGGAUAAUUCAGUUAGUACGUGACCCUCGGGCAGUGCUGGCUUCUCGCAUGGUAGCAUUCUCAGGUAAGUAUGAAACCUGGAAGAAAUGGGCAACUGAAGGUGCAGCGCCGCUUAAUGAGGAAGAGGUACAGAGGCUGCGGGGGAACUGCGAGAGCAUCCGGCUCUCAGCUGAACUUGGUUUGAGGCAGCCAGCAUGGCUUCGGGGUCGCUACAUGCUGGUCCGUUAUGAGGAUAUUGCCAGGUCUCCCCUCCAAAAAGCCAAGGAGAUGUAUAAAUUUACAGGCAUCACCAUCACCUCACAGGUAGAGGAGUGGAUUCAGAAGAAUACUCAGGCACCUCAGGAUAGCAAUGGCAUCUAUUCAACCCAGAAAAACUCCUCUGAACAAUUUGAAAAAUGGCGAUUCAGCAUCCCUUUCAAGCUUGCCCAGGUGGUGCAAAGUGUCUGCAGCCCAGCCAUGAACCUGUUUGGUUAUAAGCUGGCCAGUAGUCCUGAGGCCCUUAUAAAUCGGUCCAUCAGCUUGCUAGAGGAGAGGAGGACCUUCUGGGUCACGUAAUGGUGGCCUUUGCUUUUAUAUUUGCCCCCAUAUUGCAGUGUUCUGUGGAACUGAAAAAGUCAGGACCAAGAAAUCAUUGAGAAAGGAAUACAUAGCAGAAAGGGUUGAGGGAGAAGCCAUUCAUGGCAAGCUUGCCUUGAAUGUCUGCCUUGUUUUGUGUUCUUUCUUCAAACACAGUGCUUUAUGCUUUUCCUGGGAGCAGAUGAUAUUUUCCUGACAUAUUUAAGGCUUUCCAUUGGGUUAUAAAAUAGACAAACUCUGUCAAAAAGAAUAAAUCUAGAGGUUGACACAGAGUAGAACCUGAACGCAGAGAUCUAAUCUCCUUACCUCAUGCCUAUGUCCUCAGUGGAAUCAUUGUCCAUUCCUCACAAAACAUGCAAAGUGGGGGAGAGAAAGCGAAUACUCUAUUUUUGAAAACACAUUUACACUUUUUAAAAAGAGGAAAGAAAUAGCUUUCUCAUCCUGCUGAGAAUUUUGUGAAAAAGUGUAUUGCACUGAUAUUGCCUGAGGCAGCCUUAAAGAACUUGUUAAGCUGAUGUUUGGGGAGUGUAAGAAAGGUGUGGAGGAAGCAAGAAGGAAGAGAAGAAGGAAAGGUGUUUAACAGAACUGUCAGAAAGGAACCUGGACGACUUCAUUGUUUAGACGGAGGAUGUUUUGUACAUGAUCUACUUGAGACUCAGAUAAAUUGAUGCCUUGUUUAAGCUUGAGAAGAUGUGACUGGCUCACAAAGAUGACUGGGAAGAAAAGACAUUGAGUAGGGCUGAAGAUGCUCCUGCCUACAGUAAUAGACAAUUUCAUGCAAUUACUUUGUUUUGUCUUGCUUUGCACCUAAACCAUGGGAUAAAUGACUUUUUUAAAAAAAAUCAGGCUAUGAAAACAACGUUCAAAGGAAAAUUGAACUCUAUUCCUUCUAUAUCUCUGGGAGAUCAGCCUUCCUCAGUGGCCACAGUCCACUAGUCAGUCUCUCUCUCUCUCUCUCUCUCUCUCUGUGUGUGUGUGUGUGUGUGUGUGUUAAGUCUACUGUCUGGUUUUCUCACUUGUCUCUGAAUCAAUUGUUACUCAGUCACAUCCAGUGUCUGGAGAGAGUUAAGAGACAAUAGCUUCUUUCUAGUCUCAGUGACACAAGGCUGUGAUUUUAAUUGUAUUUUCCCACCUCUCACUCUUCCGGUAAUUAUUUUGUGUCCUUUAAUGUGCUGUUUGGAAACAGUCAAUAAUGAUUCUCUACAGUUAUGGAGAGGAAUUGUUUUGUAUAAACCAGGCCGCUGGAGCACAAAGAGAAAAAGGGGGAAGGCUAGUGGAGGUAUAAAACAACGUGUAACUGGUUGAAUGAUAGUUAGUGGAAAUAAUUUCUGCAAUAGCAAGAAACACAGUUUCCUGUCACAGUACAGGGAUUCUUCUUAUCCCUUUCUACUAUAGGCUUCCAGACUUUUUGCUCCAGAGGCCCACAAACCAUAAACAAACACCUAAAUGAAUGUUUAACACACCCUAGGCACUCCUAUUAAUCUGAAGCACUUAUUGAAAUACUUAUACUGUCUGGAAUGUGGACAGAAAUUUGGAAAUACAUCCCAGAUGAACAUAAAACCGCGGAACCUGUUCUCAUUGAAGCAUCAAAAACAGUGUAGAGUUUUGUGACUCCUUAAAUACACUCAUGCUCCAUGUUACUUUUCUAUGCAGAGUUAAAUAUGUACUGGGAUGGUCUAUUAACUAUAGCAGGCACUGAUGUUAAUACUGUCCUGCCAUGCUAAUUUACUUUGGUACCAGGACUUUGUUACCAGGAAAGACAAUAUCCAUCUCAAUUGACUGGAAUCAUAAAAUAUUUUGAAGGGAGAUACUUCAUCUGUUCUUGUUUCUUUUUUGAAAUAGCCAGUCAGACAGAGGCUGUUAUGCUUAGGUGUUAUGAAGCCAUUCUUUAUUUAGGAUGGGGAAGCAGAAGUGAUGAAUGGGAGACCAUAUUUAUUCUAAGCGACUCAGAACAAGGAAGAAUUGGAUGCUUUGUGUUCUUGUUUCCUGAAAGGUAGUGAUCUGAAAACAAAAUUUUGCACAUCUGUGGCAGGAAUAGCUGUAUAACCAUCUCCUCUUUCAAACAUAUGUAUGCACCUCCACCCUCCAUAAAAGCAACCCAUUCUAAAUAGAAAUUGAUAGUAUAAAGAAGUUAUUUAAAAGAAUAUGUUUCUGAAUAAAAGCUCCCCCCCCCCGUGACUUUUGGGGACAGUUAUCUCUCUACAGAAUAUCUGCCAAAGUUAAGACAUUGGGUUGCAACUAAUCAACUUCCAUUAACCCAAGGGUAAGGUCUAUUGAACUUACCAGGACUUACUUCUGAGUAGGCUUGUGUGCCUAUUCAUGAGAUCAUGCUGAAAACGUCUGGGAGAUGGCAUCCUACCCAGUUCCCAGCUGCUGCAUAAGGAAUAAGUUUUCACAUUCAAAUUGAUUGCAUCAGUUGUCUAGGAGGAGGAACAGAAAAGAUUUCUUCCUUGCAUGAUUUCACUUGGGAUACCUGUCUUGGUGACCAAUCCUAACUCUUACCUCUUUCUACCAGAUAUUCAUGUAUGGCUAUUUCUCAUGGGUUGCUUAUCAUUUCUCACUUUCUCACCACACUAAAGAGAACUUACUCCUGCUAGGAUCACUCAUUCCUUUCUGAACUGCAUGAUGCACACAUUUCUUAUUCUGCAUGGCCUAACCAUCACACCAUUUUAAAAAAAGGAAUAUAGGACCUGACUUACAGAACUAGUAAAUAGCUGACAGACACAGGAAAUAAAAAUAAAAGUGUGUAUGUAGCAAAUCAGUGUUAAAAAGUUACAGUAGAUAUACCAAACAACCAACAGUCCAUAUAUAAUGUCUACAAUAUGUAGUCCAUACAGUGUUAUAGCAAUAAAUGUGAUGGUCCAUUGGCUGUGAAUCUUUAACUGGAGGAAGAUUUUCAAAGAAGCAAUCAUAUUAGUCUCUUGCAGUUUAAAAAGGAGGAGGGGAGGGGUGGGUGAAGAGAAGGAAUGUAGCAGAACCCUUAAGGCUAACUGUUUUUUAUUUUAGCAUGAGCUUUCAUGGAUAUAAACCAGCUUCCUCAGAUACCGUACAGAGUGAUAUCCAGGCUUUGUAUCCUGAGGCCUGGAUAUCACUCUGUACUGGAAUAUAUCCCAAAAGCUCAUGCUCAAACAAGAAACAAUUAUUAUUAAAGGUAUUACUACAUUGCUUUCCCCAGUCCUUUCCUCCUUUUUAUGAUUGCUGACCAUUACUCUAAACAAACUUUCAGUAAUACAAGGACCAAAUGAAACUAUGGGUGUUGAAGGUAAGAAGCAUCUUUAUUCUUACUCUGUGAGGAAGGCUGCACUGAUCUGUUUGGUGAAUGCUGAAUUGUAGUUGGUUAAGUGAUUGCAAGGGCUGAAUUCCUUCAUAAGGAGACUUGAGUAUGCAGGAAUUAGAACUGGUCAGUUUUGUGACAUCCAUAUCCAGUAGUAGGCUGGUAUUAUGUUACUAUGUAGCAGAACCGGCAUUGUGCACCAUUGCAGUCUUAGUGCACAUUGGACACUCUUGCCAAUGUCCCAAUACUUUGCAAUUCACCAUCUUUGCCAUUCACUAAAGAGUUUCUUAGUGCCUUUGCUAUUUAGCAAAGUACACAUAGAGUUAUGCUAAAUAAAAGGUGAUAUAGGAUUCUGACAGUAUAUUUUAAAUACAACCAUACCGUUGUUUUCUAACACUUCAGGCUGAGUCUGAUGGGAAGAAUUUUAAUUUUGGCCAUUAAGAAAGAAGAUAAAAUCAAAACAUGUCUGGCUCUUGUUUUAUUUAAGUCUUGUUUAGAUCCUUGGUCUUAUUACAGUUAACAGUUUAUAACAGUUCUUCACAUCUGUCACUAUUAAAUUGUAUAGGGCACACAUUCAUUAUAUGUAGACUAUUGAUUAUUUGGUGGAUCUACUGUAACUUUUUAACAUCAAUUUACUACAAAUACUGUACAUUUAUUUAGAUAGUUCCAAACUCUUGCUUGUUUGCUAUUUACUAACCAGUAAAUCUCACAGCUUCUUUAUUUCUUGGGCUUCAUGCCCCUUUGCCUUAUGAUUAGUUCCAUUUUUCUGCACCAUUGCCCUCUUGGGUUACCAGUUCCUCUUGUAUCUGUUUACUUUUACUCUGGACAUCUGAUCUUCCAGACUUGUUAAGCAAAACCCAAAUGUAUCUGGCCUACGUUGUGCCCUGUUUCUUUGUAUUUUAAAAUAUACAGUAGACACAAGCAAAAGAGAUGGAUGUGGGCACAGCCCACCAAGGUUGCAAGUGACUAGAGUUCUAUUUCAUAUAGCAGCAGUGUAGGUCACUGCAGGGCAACAGGAUCCACAAUUUGUCAGUGUAGAUGGCUACAUGAGAGGCUUGUUAUCCACAAAACAACAACAACAACAACCCUCUAACACCCUCUGGACAGGUUUUGCUUCUGAAUCGAAAUACACCAGAAGAGCAGCAUCCACUUCUCAGAUGGGCAGGAUACCUUAAACACUUCCUUCUCCAACAGAGAUUAUUCUGGUUUAUGAGACAUUUCAACCAGCACUCCUUUUACUGAAUAAAAAUGUGUUGCUUCUGCUGUUGUUUAGUUUUGUUUGUGCUUUCCCUUCUGUCAUGUUGUCUGUUCAAAUGUUACCUUUUAAACUGAAGUACAACAGCUGUGGCAUUUUAGAAAAAACAAGCGCACUACUUCCUGACAUCUGCAAAGUUGUACUUGUUUUGAACGUUUCUAUCUUUGUUUUUUUUCCUCCCUUGAACUGUAAACUGUGCAGUAAGUUUAUUUAUUUAUUGUAUUGGGGGCAGGGAAGAUGAAAAUACUUUAUUGGAAGGGAUGAAAGCUGCACAAAAAUAAAUAAAAACAGACUCAGAAUGUGUCCCAGGGAACAGAUAUAGAAAUGAAAUUAAAAGAAGUUUGGCUCUGAUGAAAA